ACCGCUCCGAGUCUGACAAAUAAUCUUCUCUGCGUGGGCCGACUUUUGGCAUUGCGAACAGAUGUGGACGAAUUUGCUAAGUUAGUGUAUGAUCACUUAUUCACCGCACGGUUGCUCUUGCUGUCCGAUUGGAGUUGCCCUGUUGGCUGCCCUUAUGUCUCACUUGAUAGACGUACUUUUGGUUUUGUUCUGGCCCAGUUAGACGUUGUCUCAAUGUUUCCGGCUUCGCUGCCAUCCUCCUUCCAUCUUGCUGCCUAG